GCAAACACACAGUGGGCCAAAUUUCAGUACAGAGUAGUCACUGGAGUGAACCAUCACAGAGCAGCUUUUUAACUCACCACAAAAAUGUUAAAAGGGACAUUUUGAAGAAGUUCAACACCUAGAGAGGGAAUCAAGAAGACAAAAACAAAAGCUGCCAAAAAUGGUGAAGAAGGAGAGGUAGAGGGUCCACACAUGGGAUACCUGUGAGGAAGAGAAACUGAGCUGAAUGCAUGAUCUGGAAGUUACGCUGGAGUUUUGCAUAUCAAAACCCUUCUAUCUAUAGAGUCUCAUCAGAACCAUGAAGCUUACUGGGACUAUCCUUAAACUGAACGCUGAACAUUUCAACAACAUGAUGGUGAUACCAUUACAAAGAAAUACAACAGACUCGCCAGUGUUAGCACCCACCUCAUCACUGUCACAGCCUGAUGGAGGUAGGACUCAGUGUUCCAUAUGUGGAGACAGAGCCACAGGUAAACAUUAUGGUGCAUCCAGCUGUGAUGGCUGCAAGGGCUUCUUCAGGAGGAGCAUUCGCAACAACCACACUUACAACUGUAGGAUCAACAAACAAUGUAUUGUGGACAAAGACAAAAGGAACCAGUGUCGUUACUGCAGACUACGAAAGUGUUUCAAGGCUGGAAUGAGAAAGGAAGCUGUUCAGAAUGAGAGAGACCACAUCAACAGUCACAGAGCCAAGAGACAGACAGUGGGCACACUGUCCAUCAGUGUGCUGCUGCGAGCAGAGGCCAGUGUGCAACAGUCCCCAGCUCUGGUCUCGCCUAGGAGUCAUGAUAUCAACACCAAGAAGACAGCCUGCCUGAGAGACGUGUUUGAGUCCAUGAAGCAGCAACUCCUCCUGCUGGUGGAAUGGGCAAAACACAUCCCAGAGUUUUGUAGCCUCCCGAUAGACGACAGGGUACAAAAGGUAACCCUGUUACGAACCCACUCUGCAGGACAUCUUAUCCUAGGGGCAGCAAGACGCUCUUUACCUUUUUACAAUCUCAUCCUUCUAGGUAACGACUUUGUGAUCCCACUGAGAGGUGCAGAGGUAGAGGUGUCCAGAGUGGCUUUCAGAAUCCAAGAGGAGCUGGUAAAACCUCUCAGACAGUUGGACAUCACAGACAAAGAGUUUGCUUGCCUCAGAACCAUUGUCUUCUUUGCCCCAGACUGUCCAGGUUUGGAGAGUCCUCAGGUGGUUCGACAUCUGCGUUUCCAGGCCCAUCUGCUGCUAGAAGAAGCAAUCUGUGAGCAGCGAGGAAGGUUUGGGGAGAUCCUGCUGAUGCUGCCUCCCCUGCAGAGUGUGGCCUGGCAGAUGGUGGAGACUCUGCACUUAGCACAGCUGCUGGGCGAAGCCAGAAUGGACGACCUGCUGCAGGAGAUGCUGCUGGGGGAGGGAGCCAAAGCAGGACAGGGACAGUGUACAGCUCUUUCAAGCGGCUUGCCUGCUGCCCCCACAGACUGGCACUGAGGUGUACAGACAUGGCGAUGCUGCCAAUGCGCCCACAGCAUACCAGAGGCACCUGUCCACCCCGAGAGACACCUCAAGAAGAAACAACUUAACCAAGGAAUGAAGGGGUGUGAUGAGCUUGAGACAGAACACAGACUAACAUAUACACACACAGCCACAUACAUAUUGUACAAACAUGCAAUUAUGUAUGCAUCCAAGUGCAGUUACCCAUUACUGGGAGAAAAACUUGUUUUGUUUACUUGGACCCACAAGAGUGAUGCUAUAAUCAUUCUUCAUUUAAUAAUGCAUCUUUGUAUCCAGCAUUGUUCAUUCAUCAGAGAUGGGACAUGAUUAAAUUUAAAUUUUAUUUGAUACAGGAACACAUGAAACACUGAAUUAAUAACUUUCAGCAUGUCGCAAAGGCACAGUGACAAAUAGAAUGUACAAUCUGGAAAGCAUGUAAAAUAAAACUGCUGACAUAUGCAAAUUGGUUAACAUUGCACUGAGCUAUAACUAAGCAUAAUUCACGCAUUCCUAUCACAUCUACAGUGUGUUUGACUUGAGCUGAAUUGAAGGUCCUAGAAAUUGUCAGCAGAGGGCACACAAAUCCUGUUCAGAAAAAACAUUUGUUGGCCCCUGUGAGGUAAGCUUAAAUAAAAACCUUCAGUCAUGUUUUUGUGGUAAAAUGAUUAUAUUUCAAGGGUCAACUCACUAUAGUGAGGAUUUAAGUAAAAAAAUAUAUCACAACCAAUUUGAUUUAAACACUAAGUGGCAUCAAUCAUAAGUAAACAUUAGCUACCUUGAUACAAGAACACUAGUUGUGGAUAGAGUGUCCACCUUGAGCAGAAAGUUGUCAAGCAUUGAGUCACAGUGAGGUGAUGAGGGAUGAGGGGGCUCAACAGCACACAACCUCUGCAAUGACUCAAUAUAACUUAAUGACAAAAGUGUGUUCUGCAUAAUGAAACCAUUUCUCCUUCUAGCUACUCUGUUUGUUUUCAUAUCUUAAUUACUGAAUCCCUACAAAAAUAGCGAAAGAAUUCCAUCCUUUACUCUCCCCUGAAGCCGAUGGCAACCAUAUCCACAACAGUGGGUAUAAUCUAAACAUCAUAUUGAUUGUUAAUUUCUCUGUUCUGAAGAUUGGGCAUUCAUGUUUUCUUAAAAAAUACUCAUGCAUCACAGAAAUCAGGUCAGCUAAAUUGUGACGUGUACACUUUCCAUUUGACAUAGCAUCAGGUCUGUGACAUUUUGCCUAAAUCCAAUCAGAGGAGGAAUCUCUGAUGUUGAAAGAAGUUAUAUAACAUCAUAUAACCCAUAAAGCUAAGUGGUUCAAUGUAAUGGGGGGGGCAAAAGACCUGUGUGACUGUGUCCAGGGGCUCAUUGUCUUAUAAUCUAUCCAUGUGUGAGAAUGUUCUUCUGUCUGUGUUAACCUUGUGAUUGACCUUUGACCUGUCAUACAGGUCAAAGUAGGUGCUUCCCUGCUGCCUGCCCAAUGCACGAUGACAUAGGCUCCAUGCUGUCAUGAGCCUGACCAAAGCUUGUAAAUAUUUAACAGGCAAAGUGUAAGCAGGUAGUCAAAUAAAAGGAAUAAGAUGAUAAAUGGACUUAUGCACCAAUAAAUAAAUAAGUGAACUAUUA